AUGGAGAUCACUGAGUCAAGAUACCUCCUCUGCCUUGUGCUGCAGGAUGUUGACCUCUUCAACGCCUUGCGGAUCGUCAUCAUCACACCAAUGCGCCUGCUCAAGCGCAGAUACAACAUCUACUUCAAGGCCAACAACACCAUGUGCCACUGCUACGGCUCCAUCUACUGUAUCCUCAGCGACCAUCCCUCACAGGCACUCGUCUAUGACGCUCAUGUUGUGAUGCUCAAGGACUCCAACGAAGGAGUCUGUGGCAAGGUUGGCCCCACUGAUGAGAAAAUAAAGGUGCAUGGCUGGGGCCAACAGAGACACUUGCAGUACACAAGCACAGUGCAUGGGCUUGAGGAAGAGCUCAACAAGGCGUUCAAGGCUUUCCCACCAUUCCCAGGAAAGCAGAGCUUUGCAAACCGGACGCAGAUUGUCCGGCGUAAUCCAAAUGGCAAGGUGGUGGUGGCGGGGCUGACAGGAGGCGAAAUGGACAGCUUCCUGCAGGUCGCCGAGCUCCUGUUCAAGGAGCGGGUGAGCGAUCCGCAGGAGCGUGAGUGCUGGCAAAUCCACGUCGAUAUCCUUGAGAAGCUGACCAAGAGAUGGAAACAUCUCAUGGUCAAGUUCUACGGUGGCGUUGCCGAGCGGCAGCGAGCGACGAGCUUGAAGAAGACGCGGUUGAAGAAGCGGUCGAAGAAGUGGUCGCGGACGGCUGAGACGGUGGCCAGUGACAUGAUGACGAGUGGAGAGAAGCCACUCAGCUUCAAAUUUCCGAACUUCGAGGUUGCGCAACACUGGCCGGAGUUGAUUCGCUUCCUCGGGCCCCCAUGGGUGCAGGACACGCGCCUGUGGGAGCAGCGGCACCUCGCGGCGAAGAUGACCGCGCAUAGGAUGAACCAGAUCAACACCGAACGUGCAAUUCUUGUGAAGACGCACCAAAAGGACGCCGUCAUUCGCCACCGAGCAUACGCUGGGCUGCCCCGCGUGAGCUCUGUGGAUGGGUCCCGGAAGGAACCCUACACGCUCAGCGUUCGUGGCACAACAACCAGCAUCACGAGGGACCGCAGGCGCAACCUCUUCGACGCAGUCAGCCGUGAGCUGGGCGAGGGCGUCCAGAUAGUGGACGACAUCACCUCGCACAAGUCGGCCCACUACUACGGCCACUUCCUGCGACCAGGCGAUGGGAUCGCCUUGCGUGUUCCCGAAGACUAUCCAAACAUACGGUUCAUCAUCGACAACUCACGACACGCCAUCCUCGACGAGUCCGAGACGCAGUGUGUCAUGAUCGGAAGGAUAUCUCGUCUGCUUCGCAUUGCCUGCGACAACGUGGUGAAGGCGUGGGUCGAGCUCGAGCUUGGCGAUCUGCGCGGCGUCAGCGAUGGCUUUCUCGAGUUCCGGCUCAGCCAGCGACGGUUCUACCUUCCCUUUGGGUGGAAUGGAUGGACCGUCGCCAAGCGCGUCCACCUCGUGCAACAACAUGCGGGCUUGCUCUAUAACCAUCGCGUUAGGUGGCACCUGGGCGACAGGUGGGCCACACCGGCGAGCGGCGCACGACCAGCGGCGUGGAGCACGACCAGCGCGAUCGGCGGCGCGGAGCACGACCAGCACGACGACUAG